AUGUCAAAAUCAGUCCAUAUCCCUCCUUUUGAUACAGCUGAACCUGAGGGGGCAGGUCUCUGGUUUGGCCCUGAGGCAGAAGGCCGUAAGGUAGAAGGCUCUGAAGUAGAAGACCCUGAAGUAGAAGGCCAUGAGUUACAUUCUACAGCUUAUAUUAUUUUGUUCAAUUCUUUAGAGUGCACUAUGAGCAACGGCACAAAUGGCCACCAUCAUGUGGAUGAAGCUGAACUGGACCAUUCAUUAGGCGAGCAGUUCCUCUCAGAGGCUUUCAAAAUGAUCCUGGAGGAGGCGGUUCAUAAGGCUACAGAUGUGAAGGAAAAGGUGUGUGAGUGGAAGGACCCUGAUCAACUGAAGGCUAUUUUGGACUUGGAUCUGAGAGACCAUGGGGAAUCUCAUGAAAAGCUGCUGCAGAGAGUACACGACGUCGCUAAAUACAGUGUGAAAACCAAUCACCCUCGCUUCUUUAAUCAGCUGUUCGCUGGAGUGGACUAUCAUGCCCUGACUGGACGCCUCCUCACGGAGACACUCAACACCAGUCAGUACACCUAUGAGGUGGCGCCGGUCUUUGUUCUGAUGGAGGAUGUGGUUCUCCAUAGUCUGCGCACCCUAGUGGGCUGGUCUGAGGGGGAUGGCAUAUUCUGCCCAGGAGGCUCUAUUUCUAACAUGUAUGCCAUGAAUGUGGCUCGAUAUUGGGCAUUUCCUCAGGUGAAGACACAAGGCCUGUGGUCUGUCCCACGUCUGGCUGUGUUCACAUCACAGGAGAGCCACUAUUCGAUGAAAAAGUCAGCUGCCUUCCUUGGUAUUGGGAUGGAAAACAUUUACCACGUGAAAGUGGACAACAGUGGCAGAAUGAUCCCAGAAGACCUCGAAGUUAAAAUUGUUCAUGCCAAAUCACAAGGUGCUUACCCGUUCUUUGUCAACGCUACAGCUGGUUCCACCGUACAAGGUGCCUUCGACCCUCUGGAGCGCAUAGCUGACAUCAGUGAGAGGAACGGAAUGUGGAUGCACGUCGACGCUGCUUGGGGAGGAAGCGUGCUGUUUUCCAAGAAACACAAACAUUUAUUAGCAGGAAUCGAAAGGGCAAACUCUGUAACCUGGAAUCCACAUAAAAUGCUGAUGACCGGCCUUCAGUGCUCCGUUAUUUUGCUGAGAGACACAACGAACCUGCUGAUGCGCUGCCACUGUGCAAACGCCACCUAUUUGUUCCAGCAAGACAAGUUCUACGACAUACAUCUGGACACCGGGGAUAAGUCCGUCCAGUGUGGACGCAAAGUGGAUUGUCUGAAACUGUGGCUCAUGUGGAAGGCAGUAGGGUCUCAGGGCCUCGCUGACCGCGUCGAAAUGGCUUUCGCCAAUAAAAGGUAUCUUGUUGCAGAGAUGAAGAAAAGAGCAGGGUUUCAGCUGGUCUCUGAGCCGCAGUUUGUGAACGUGUGCUUCUGGUUUGUGCCACCCAGCCUGAGAGGAAAGGAGAAUGACACAGAUUACCAGGACAAAUUAGCAAAGGUGGCACCAAUCAUCAAGGAACGCAUGAUAAAAUGUGGCUCUAUGAUGGUGGGUUAUCAGCCUCUGGAGGGUCGAGUCAAUUUUUUCCGCAUGAUCAUCCUUUCUCCCCAACUGCAACACAGCGACUUGGACUUCUUCCUUGAUGAGAUUGAGAGGCUGGGGAAAGAUCUGUAAAUGAGCUCUGGGUGCUGUUCAUCAUUCGUUCUUUAGUCAUCGUCCAUCAUUGUUCUUUCCAGAGACACCCUUUAAGGGCGCUCUCGAUCACCUUUUGAUUUUCUUAGACAAGC